UUCCCGCCCACGUGCAUGCUAUUUGCGUCAUUUCAGGUUUUUUCAACUUACUUACUGGAGCUUCUCCACGUGCCUCCGGUUGCAUCUACGCUCAUCACGACUGAACCUGCCAUGGAUGAGUGGGAAGAAGAUCAGAGCCCUGUUGUAUCCUCCAGCUCCAGUUUUGGUCAGAACUUCAGUGGUGGCAGUGGAGGAUUCAAAAGCUUUUCAGGAAGUGGAGGACAACAAAAUGGAAACGAUGAUGAUGAAGGCAGCUCUUGGAGGAAACCUGCUGAAAAUGGCUUUAGGGGUAGAGGGGGAAGAGGAGGAUCACGAGGCAGAGGAGGAUUCAGAAAUAGCUUCAACUCAGAAGAUGAAGAUAGAAAUGGCGACAGUGAGGGUUAUAAAGGAGGUGAAGGUCGAGGACGAAGAGGUCGUGGUGGUUUCCGUGAUGGUGGUGAAGGGGAUUCUGGGAGAGGACGUGGGCGAGGAGGUUUCAGAGGCAAGGAUGAAGAUGUGUUUUCCAAGAGUCGUUCAGGAUUUGACUCAACAGAUGAUAAAGAGGAUAAAGAGAAUGUCGGUGAAAAUGCAGGACCCAAGGUUGUUUAUGUGCCCCCACCACCACCAGAGGAAGAGAGCUCCAUAUUUGCCCAGUUUGCUACAGGCAUCAAUUUUGACAAGUAUGAUGAUAUACUUGUGGAUGUGAGCGGCAGCAAUCCUCCAAAAGCUAUUAUGACUUUUGAUGAAGCAGGACUUUGCGAAUCACUGAACAAGAACGUUGCAAAGUCUGGAUAUACAAAACCCACUCCCGUCCAGAAACACGGGAUCCCUAUUAUUUCUGCUGGAAGAGACCUAAUGGCUUGUGCUCAGACUGGAUCAGGAAAAACGGCGGCGUUCCUGUUGCCUAUCCUCCAGCGGCUCAUGACGGAUGGAGUUGCAGCCAGCAAGUUCAGUGAAGUUCAGGAACCUGAAGCCAUUAUUGUGGCUCCCACCAGAGAGCUCAUCAAUCAGAUCUAUCUGGAGGCCAGGAAGUUUGCUUAUGGGACUUGUGUUCGUCCUGUGGUGGUUUAUGGAGGGACAAACACUGGAUACACUAUUCGUGAGGUGUUAAAAGGUUGUAACGUCUUGUGUGGAACACCUGGAAGAUUGCUUGACAUCAUUGGUCGUGGAAAGGUUGGCUUAAGUAAGCUGAGGUAUUUGGUUCUGGAUGAAGCAGAUCGGAUGCUGGACAUGGGAUUUGAGCCAGAUAUGCGCAAGUUGGUGGGAUCUCCAGGGAUGCCUUCAAAAGAAGAUCGACAAACCCUCUUGUUUAGUGCCACCUACCCUGAAGAUAUUCAAAGGUUGGCAGCUGAUUUUCUGAAAGUAGACUACAUUUUUCUUGCUGUUGGUGUUGUGGGCGGAGCCUGCAGUGAUGUUGAGCAGAGCAUCAUUCAGGUGACUCAGUUUUCGAAGAGAGAGCAACUGCUGGAAUUACUGAGAACCACAGGAAAUGAACGCACAAUGGUCUUUGUUGGAACCAAAAGAAGUGCAGAUUUCAUUGCAACCUUUCUCUGUCAGGAGAAGAUACCAACUACAAGCAUUCAUGGUGAUCGUGAACAGCGAGAGCGUGAGAAAGCUCUCAGUGAUUUUCGUACAGGCCAGUGUCCUGUACUCGUGGCCACAUCCGUCGCUGCCAGAGGACUUGACAUUGAACACGUUCAGCACGUUGUGAACUUCGAUCUGCCCAGCAGCAUUGAUGAAUACGUGCAUCGUAUUGGUCGAACUGGACGUUGUGGAAACAUCGGACGAGCUGUGUCUUUCUUUGACCCAGAACCUGAUACUCCACUUGCUCGCUCUUUGGUCAAAGUCCUAUCAGGGGCACAACAAGAGGUACCCAAAUGGCUGGAGGAAAUAGCAUUCAGUGCUCAUGGAACAACAGGUUUCAACCCGCGUGGAAAAGUGUUUGCAUCUACAGACACACGGAGGGGCGGCGGCUCCUUUAAGACAGAACCCGCACAAGCAUCCGGUCCAAGCUCAGCCGCAGCCACGAGCGCCUCUGCAGCUGACGAUGAAGAUGAAUGGGAAUAAUAACUCAUCCACUAGUUUUUUUAUUUUCUUGUUUGUGAGUUUUCUCAUGGCUCCUGAAGGUUUGUUAAAGAGUCACAUGCUAAAGACUGUAAGGUUGAACUGAAGGAUCGAGAAUCGAGACGAAAUACCUUUUAGCUGUUUGGUUUGGACUAAUGAUUUUGUUUGAGUAAUGUCACUUGGUUUGUUGAGAGCACUACUAGCUAUGUGGAUUUAUUUUCUAAAAUUGUUACAUUUUCACAUUUGUGUAUUUUAACACUUUGCUAAGUGUAUUGAGUUUUGAAAGCCUUCACCUGAAAGUCUUUCCUGCAGUUAUACUAGAAUCAGUUCUGUUAAAUGUGACAAUUUCUAGGUUUUGUUUUUCAUAACCUGCUUGUCUGAUGGCUGAAGUAUACAGGUAAAUAAACUUGUACUCAUGUGCCUUCCCAAAAAAGGUAAAUAAAGUGGUUAUUUACCAGUCA